AUGGCUAUCAGUAAAUUAGUUUACCUUCGCCAGAAAUCCGCUCUUCCCUACCGUGUCCAAUCAACUGCGUUCGAUACCCAGCUCUACGGGAAUGAAGUACAGCUGAUCAGAAACUAUCAUUUCGAAGCCAUGGUUCCAUUUGGCACAAAACAUCUACUCCAAGUCAAGAAAUCCACGCGAGCUUGCUGGCUGCUUACCAAGAAUUCAAGCGCCUCUACGAAGCCAUGGGCUGCUAUCCACCGCAAUGCGAAAGAGCUCUACGAAAAGUCCUAUGCAUCGGGCCAUUUUACUUGCGCCAAGGAUGAAACAGAAGAGGAAUGCGUCGAAACCCUCAAGAUAUCCUUCAUCGCGCCAAUAGUCGACAUCAACAGUAGCAGGAUGGAUGAGGCGCCCGAAGCUAGUGACCUUUCCAGGCCGCUAAUAUCGGCUUAUCACGAGAACCAGGUCUUCUGCGACUGCCAUUCUCUCCCAGACAGAAUCACAUCCUACGCCAAACUCUUCGACUUUGUUUAUGAGCGCUGA